AUGCCGAUGACACUCAAGGACGUCGAGGACUACGAUCGCAAGGACAUGUUGCGAGUCGAGCACAUCCACUGGGCCAUCACCCACGAGGUCCGCGAACUCAAGCAAUGGAACAACGCCUUGACCCUCCUCACCUCUUACCUCGCCCCGGUUGUCAUUGCCUCCGAAAAGGCUGCCGCUGCCGCUGCCGCAGUGACUGACGACGUUGACACCGAGACAGCAGCACGUACAGAGAACACCAUCAAACCUACCUCACUCCCAACGACGUCCAAGUUCAGCGACUUUGUCGAGGACGAGACCACAGGACAAUACACAAAACAGCUCACAGAACAAGACGUGCGUCUCAUCCAAUUUUCGAUCGCAGCCCUGGUCCGCUACGCACCCACACCAUCCGAGUCCAACGUCGUCUACAUGUUCUACCUCCAACGCCAACCCCCCCUCCGGAACGACGAGACCAUCGACAACUGCCUGAUCUCGUUGAUCUACCAGUACGCACAAGUCAAGGGCGACCCCGAGUUGCAAGCCAAGGGAUUAGAUCUGAUCAAGAUUGCGCUGGAGAGAGGGGUCGGGUUGCCGAGUUAUCAGUCGAGAACGUCGGUCAAGAAUAAGGGUCGACAUCAGAGGGAGUCCAUUUUGGCGAGCGUUAGUAGGCCGAUUUUGAUCCAACAGAAGUUGCAGAUUACGGAGGAUGGACGGGCUUUGGAGGCGUACCGUUCUGGUGGUCCGCAACAAUAUCAGCAGCAAGGAGGUCGACCUUAUGGACAGCAGAAGCAACAGCAGGGUUCUCAGCCUCCUCAUAAAGGCCCGAACGGUUUCCCUGCUGAAGGACAGAGGCAAGGACAGAACCAAGGACAUCCACAGGGACAGGCCAUGGGUGGAAGAAAGUCGGGACUCCCAGGAGUUCCCGGAUCUUCCUCGCCACAGCCACAGCCACAGCCGCAGUCGUCUCAGCCGCAGCAACAAGUGCCGCAGCAAACUCAGACUCAGACUCAAGGAAAAACAAAGCCACGGCAUCGCAAGCAGGACAGUCCCAGAAUCGCCAACAAGGAUACCCAAGACAACAACAGCACCAGCACAACACCAACACCAACAUCACCGCGCCAGGAGGUCCUCACGGAUCAGUACGAUUACUAUACCAGUGCACCCCGGUCGUUCUCCGGAACCGAGCGGGUCAAACCUGGAAGUCGUCCUGCAUUCGGCGGAGUUGGCGGUUACAGUAACGGAGGCAAGCUCCGAACGAUUGCGUUUGUCCCUGCGUCGACCAACCCCAUGCUCAAGACCGACCACCCUGCUCCAGAAGCUGAGAAGGACAAGGAGGAAGAUAUCACUUCUGGUCUCACAGAACGCGUCGAGAACUUGCGGUUGGAUCAGACAUCUGACGAGUAG